UUGCCGAUCCACGACUUUUCUUUUUUUUCUUCUUCCCUUUUUUCUGUCGUUUGCAUCUGAAUUCGCAUCAAAAUGCUUACUUUAGCCACCAUCUUUGGUUUGCUAGGUAACAUUACCACUGGUCUGGUUUACCUUGCACCAGUGAACACUUUCUGGCACAUCAUACAAAUUGGAUCAACCGAAGAAUUCGAUAGUCUCCCGUAUGUUGCGAAACUAUUAAACGGAUGCAUGUGGGUUUAUUAUGGAGUUGUCAAGCCUAACAGUGUUCUUGUUGCCACUGUUAAUGGCUUUGGUGCUUUACUCGAACUCAUAUAUGUUAUCAUAUUCCUAAUAUUUGCGCCUCCAAAAAUGAGAAAAACAGUGGUGACAACAAAGAGUGUAGAGUACAUGCCUUUCCUCUUAUCUUUCAUACUCUUCAUCAAUGGAUUAACUUGGACAGUUUAUGCUGUGAUUACUCGAGACUGGUUUAUCGGAAUACCAAAUGGAAGUGGAUUUGUUUUUGGAACAGCUCAGUUGGUGCUGUAUGCAAUGUAUUGGAGACCUAAGCAAUCAAAGAAGACGUUAGAUCAUGUGGUGGAAGAGGGGUGCCCAACUGAGCAUCUCCUGGACCACUCUGGUCCAUUGCUACACAAAUAUGAGAGCAGAGCUGUGGCCUAAUCUCAUUUUGCUCCAUAUCGAAAAUAACUAAGAAAACCAAACGAUGCAAAACGUGAGGGUUUUUCGACUAUUCGACCAAUAAGAUCUUUCAUUUCGUGUAUCGGUAUCAUAUUUAUGUAUUUUUUUAAUAUUUGUAUCGUAUUUAGAAUCAUGUUUGAGAUAUUUUACCUUUUAUUUGAGGCAACAGUUAUUGAAAAACUUGAAAUGAACAUCUGAA